GUGAUGGAAUGAACAUUUCUGAGCACUAUACUGAUUCACUUUUAAUGAUUUCAAAUGCAGUUUGACUUAAAAUAAAUGCAUGUAACCAAACUUUUGCUUCUGGGUCAACGUGCCUCCCUGUGAACCUGCGUCAUCUACCUGCUCCAAUCAGUCCAGAGGUUGAUCCAUAAAAAAAGACAUUUGUUAUUAUCUGUCCAUUCGUAUGAACCAAACAGCAACAAUGGGCGCAGUUAAUUACAGGUUUUACUUUAAUUACCACACAGCGACUGUGCCAUUCAGUCAUCCACUAACAACAAAUAUUCAAAUGCAAAUGAGUGCGUUAAUCACAGCCCGCAGAGCUCUCCUAUAAAUACAGACUCAGUGUUUUAUCGUCCUCGCAGGGCCUGAAGGGUGAUCCUGCCCAGCGCGAGACGAGCAGGUGAGACUGAGGAGAGAGUGAAGUCGUACGAUGUCUGUUAUUGGUGCGCUGCCUUUCAUCAAACCAAUGCAGCCAGGACCGUCUGUCUCUCCGGGCAUCCAGAGGAGACACACUCUGCCCGCGAGUGAGUUCAGACCCCUCAACACCCAGGAUGCCAUCAGUGUAUUUGAAAUCGAGCGAGAAGGUGAGUGACACAUCUUCCUGGGCACGUACUGAAGUUUUGCUGAGUGAAAAGAAGCGUUAAAGGGAUUUGCGUAAAACUAUGUGUGAAAACGACGAUACGUAUUUCUUUUUAUUCUAUGUAUUUAAGCAAUUAAGUGGUUAUAUAGUCUUUUAUUCCACCUAAAGGUUAUAUCUAUAGCCCAACUAAAAGUUAUUAUCACUUUUAUGAUGAUGACCAUCAUCAUUAUUAUUCUUUUGGAUCAACUCAACCGUGUGUAUAUGCGCAUUUACGCACGUUCAAAACUCCUUGUUUCUCUCUCUUUAGCGUUUAUUUCAGUGUCAGGUGAGUGUCCCCUCCAUCUGGAUGAGGUGCGCCACUUCCUCACACUGUGUCCAGAACUGUCCAUGGGAUGGAUCGAGGAGGGCCGGCUGGUGGCUUUUAUCAUCGGCUCUCUUUGGGACCAGGACAGACUCACCACGGUAGACAUUUCAGAGCUGCUAAGAGAAACAAAAACUAAUGUUUAAAAAGUAAGAGGGAUUUUUAAGGGUUUUUUUUCUCUUGUUUCAGGAUGCUUUGACUCUCCACAAGCCCCGCGGCUCCACCGUCCACAUCCACGUCCUCGCCGUGCACCGCACGUUCAGACAACAGGGCAAAGGUCCCAUCCUGAUGUGGCGUUACCUGCAAUAUCUGCGCUGCCUCCCCAACGUGCGCCGCGCGGUGCUGAUGUGCGAAGAGUUCCUCAUUCCCUUCUACCAAAAGUCCGGCUUCAAGGUGCUGGGCCGCUGCGCCAUCACCGUGGGUAACCUGAGCUUCACGGAAAUGUGGUACCCCAUUAGCGGUCACGCGUACAUGCGCCGCAACAGCGAGGCGAUCCGUUUCCCGGAGCAUCCUCUGACUCUGCCGCUGACAAAGACUGACGCACAGGCUGACGUAUGACGUGGGGAGUUUCUAAAAACUAGUGCUGCUCUCUGUAGGAAACUUAGAGUUUAUUUAGUGAGUGUAGGCUCUGUACUUUGGAACUUUCCCUCUUUUCUGACCCUGUCUCCUAUGUACAAUAAAAGAAGGAGAGAUUUUAUUGUAAUGGUAAAAUUGAGUUCGCAGUGACCCAACAUGUGUGCUGUAGAUUUUGGUUUGGACAGAUCCUUCAGACUUAGUGUUGUCAUGGUUUGUCUCAUCUUUGU